UGAGAGUAGUUCAAGUUGGCAUUUAUUUUCUCUGCUCUACGCCUCUACUUCAUAUAUUAAUAUUAUAUAUUCAACAACGUAACUCAGAUCUCUCAUCUCUCUCAACUUUCAUUUCAUCUCAGUAACUCUCAUCUCAUCUGAGUUUCAAUUCAGGAACACCGGACCUGAGAUUAGUUGAUCGAAGUUGGCAUAUACUUAAUUUUCUCCGCUCUGCUCUAAGCUACUCCAUAAAUUAAACAACUAACUCCAUCUCCAUCCUCAUCAACCUAGCUAAGGUCGGUUCUUAUACUCAUUUCGUCUCUGCUCGCUCAAUAGCUCUCAUCUGAGUUUGAAUUCAGAAACAACUGAGAGUAGUUGAAGUUGGCAUAAAUUCAACAACUCAGACCAAUUCACUAACUCCAUCUCCAUCAUAUCCUCAUCAACGUAACCUAAUUAAGGUAUGCAUAUUAAUUUCAUACUUUCUCCAACAUCACUCAAUUCCUUUUAUGCUUUCAUAUAUAUAUAUAGACAUAUAGUUUAGCAUUAUGUUUUGCCCUCUCAAUUCCUUUAUCUUUUGCUGCUACAUAAACAUAUUUAUUCACUAAAUUCAUAAUAUAUAUUUAUCUCAUUUUCAUUGUGUGAUAACUAUAUAUAUAUAGAGAGAGAGAGAGGGGCUAAUGUUCUAGUGAGGCCAACUCUUCCCAUGAGUCCCUUGAGACCCUUCGUAAAUGCACAAAAGCUACCACACGAAUGCACAGAGGGUAGGCUGUGUGCAUUCAUGCUGCUCAAAAUGCACACAAUGCUAUGAAAAUGUUUUCAUUUGCAAUAAAAAAUUGUAAUGGUAACAAACUUUGCAUUUUUUUGUUGAACCACAUGAAGUUUAGAAACUUGUAAUCGCUUGAAGAUGCAAUGGUUUUCCUGAGUACACUAUAAUAAUUCAGCUAGCAGAUUAGAUUUUAACCCUUCUUGCAUUGCAUAUAUGCAUCAUCUCUGUUAAUUAUAAUCAUUCCAUUUAAUUUCUUGCUAUAUAAUGGAUGAAGACUAAUUAAUAACUCGGAUAUGAUAUGAUGGAGUUCCAGAAACACUUUAGAGAAGUUCAAUAGAAUGGCUUUAGAUGCUGUAACCACUCUAAUCAAAAUAGUAGAGCAAGACCUUAUGGAGCCCAAACUACUUUCGAUUUUCGAUGCUGGAGGAAUGAAGGUGUGGCUGCUCAAAACCAUCGAGUUGCUGUCUGCCAAGCUUUGCUUUCUGCAAGCAUUUUUGGAGGAGGGGUGUGAGAUGAAAAUGCGGAAUCGCUGGUUCUUUGAACAUAAAGUUGCUGGAAUAUAUGACGAGUAUGAAAUAAAAUAUAAACUGAGACUAGUCUAUUCGGAAGCUAAAUGCGGGCAUCUUCUUGGGACCUUGAAAGAAAUGGUAAAAGAAAUUGAGGAAGUUGAAGAACGGUUCCUGAUGAUAAAAGAAGGAAUUGAUGAGGGAGUUUGGGAUACCUACCAAAGUGCUUUAGAGCUUGAGAAUGAAGUAAUUGUAGGAUUUCACAGUGAUAUUGAGACGAUAGUUAACUGCCUCUGUUAUUCACACUUUAUGAGAUCAGUUUUCACCAUUUUGAGGAAUAGUAACAUUCACAAGUUUCAAAAAUAUGUUGAAAACCCUGUGCUGAAACUACAAGUUAUUCCACUCGUUGGGGAAGGAGGCAUAGGAAAAACUACAUUAGCCAAAAGAGUCUAUGGACAUCCAACUACUAUUGCUAGCUUUCACAUUCGAGCGUGGGUAGUUUUGUCUCAAGUUCCUAACCUCAAAGAGAUUCUCAUUGGUCUAUUACGUUGUAUUUCACCAAUAACAAGUGAAAUCUACACCCUAGACUACGCUCAAAUAGUUGAGCAAUUAUGCACAAGUUUGAUGGGCAAGAAGUAUUUAAUUUUCUUGGAUGAUAUAUGGACCAUUGAUGCAUGGGAUGACAUCAAAGGAUAUUUUCCAGACAAUUUUAAUGGAAGCCGAAUCUUAGUAACUACUCGGUGCACAGACGUGGCUAAAUACGUAAGUGCAGAACCCUACCAGGUGAAGUAUCAAUCUUUAGAGAAUCUAUGGACAUUACUUUCAAGGAAAGUGUUUAGGCAAAGCCAAUGGGUUCAAUCUGUGGACUACAGAGACAUGUUGAUCAAACUUUCUAUUGCGAAAAGGAUUGUUUUUGGUUGCAGUGGAUUACCACUAGAAGUUGUUUUGAUUGCCGGACUUUUAGCGACAACAAAAGAGUCGCUAGAAAUUUGGAGAGAUGUUGAGGAAACUUUGGUUAGAGUUGAUACAAAUGAUAAUAGUGAAAGAAGAAUUUCAAAAAUACUUUCAUUGAGCUACAACUACUUACCUCCUCACUUGAAACCUUGCUUUCAUUAUUUUGGUGUGUUUCCAGAAGACAAUGUCAUUCCCGUUAAGAGAUUAAUCAACUUAUGGGUUGCUGAGAGAUUUGUAAUGCCACAUGAAAAUAUGAGUUUGGAAGAAGUGGCAAAGAGUUACUUGCAUGAUUUCAUUAAUAGAGGUUUAGUUCAAAUUAAUGAGCUAAGUAUUGAUGGCAAAGUUAAAUCAUGUAAGGUUCAUGAUCGAGUGCACGAGGUCUGUGUGGGACAAGCAAUAAAGGGGAAUGCUUUGUGCAUUAUCAAUGACAGCCAUGCUCCAAAAGCUAGUCACUGGUUGAGUUGCCAAACAAGUCAUUGGCCAAUCACUCAAGCAAGUUAUGGAAAUUGCACUCUUUAUAAAAUCUUUUCUGUUCUCUGCUUUGGUAAAGAUGUAUACCAUUCCAAAUGCAGGUUGGUAUACCCAUGUUUGAAAUUGCUUAGAGUUUUGGAUUUAUCAUUAGUUAAAUGGUCACGAGGAAUGCCUAGUGAAAUAACAGAUUUGGUUCAUUUGAGAUACUUGUCUUUAAGUACCAUUGGUUCUCUUUACGAGCUUCAAUUUCUCAAGCUUAAAAAUUUGCUAACUCUCAUAGUUACUUCGUGGAUGGAAAAAUGUCCUCUGCAACUGCCGUGUGAUGUUUUGGAUUUGCCACAAUUGAGGCAUUUGCAUAUUGACAAGAGAUGUUCACAGUAUCUCCCUUGCUUAGUAAAAAAAAAUCUACAAACUCUUUAUUGGUUGAAAGUUGCUAGCUUCGAUGAAAAACCAAACUUCGGAAUGGUUCCAAACUUAAUGGAACUUGGGAUUUACAUUGAAGGCCAAUUGGCGCCUAGCUAUCUAGGGAGCCUUGUGCAUUUACAUUUACUUGAGAAGUUGAAGUUUGAAGUAGGAAGGGUCGAGCGCUUUUGUCUUCCAACAGGUUUUCCACCAAACCUUAAGAAGUUGACACUUUGUUAUACUUAUCUUCCAUGGAAGGAGAUGAACACAAUUGCCAAGUUGCGCCACCUUGAGGUGUUGAAACUAAAAGAUUUCGCCUUUUGUGGCCCAACGUGGGAACCAUCGGAGCAGGGAUUUCGGGAAUUAAAGGCACUUCUUAUUUCACGUUCAAAUCUUGAACAUUGGAAUGCAAGUUCUAAUCAUUUUCCAGUUUUGGAGCGCCUUGUCUUAAGAUAUUGUUGGGAAUUGAAACAAAUUCCAAUUAAUUUUGCAGAAAUUGAAACACUGAAGUUAAUUGUAUUAGAAUGUUGUUAUUCUUCUCUUGUGACUUCUGCAAAUCAGAUUUCUUCGGCAAAAAGCGAAACAUUAAAGGGAAAGGAAGAUUGUCCACUUCGUGUUCGUAAAGUUGGAACUAAGGUUGAAUUGCCUAUUAUUGAAAGCUUUGAAGAAGAAAUUGUUGAAAGCUCUGAAGAAAAAGUGUCAAAAGCUCUGAAGAAGAAAGUGUCGAAAGCUGUAAAGAAGAAAUGUUGAAAGCUGAUAACAGUGUGAUGAAAUAUCUGAAGAUGUUAUUCAGAUGGAUGCAUUGAAGAAGAAAGUGUAGUGAGUGAGGAAAGGUUAUUCUGAUGUGUUGCAAUUGAAUUUGAACUUCGAUCACUUUAUGUUUCAGCUUGCAUUGUAAGUUCAUGCAUGGCUGAGGUUUGUUGCUGAAUAAGUUCUCUGGUCUGUUGCCUUUCAUGAGUUGAUGGACUGGCUAAUGUUGAUAAAUUUAGGCCACAUGUCCAGUCCAAUCCAGAUUGGUGGUGAUCUAUGUCUUUGGUUGGGAGAAAACAAACAGAAAGUAUUUUUGGUUUUCAUUUGAUCUGAACAAUUUCAGGUGUGUGUGUUAUGAUGUUUUUUCUGCUCCAAUGACAUACACCAUGGCUAAGUAGUAACA